GGGUGAGCACAAGGUCUCAUUCAUUGGUGAAGAGGUUCGACGGGAUUUACACAGGGCCGUACUUCGACGCAAGCACCCCUACGAACGUCACGGCCCAGUUGGGAAGGCAUGCGUACUUGCCGUGCAGAGUGCGGCAACUUGGUAAUAAAUCAGUGUCGUGGGUCAGGAGAAGGGAUUCCCAUAUCCUCUCAGUAGAUAGAACCAUGUUUAUCCCGGACGAAAGGUUCCAGGCGCUUUUCGUAGACGCGACGGACAGCUGGACCCUGCAGGUUAAGUACGUCCAGGAACGCGACGAAGGCGAGUACGAGUGCCAAAUCUCGACCGACCCGAAAAAGAGUCACAUCAUCAAGCUCAACAUCGUCGUGCCAAAGAUCGAGAUCAUAGGCGACCGCGACAUGUAUGUGAAGACCGGAAGUACAGUCGCUAUACGGUGCAUAAUCAAACAGUCCCUCGAAGGACCGUUCUACGUCUUCUGGUAUCACGAGGGCGACCGCGUUCUGGACAAUCAGUUGGGCAAGAUCGACAUCCAGACGGAGAGGAUCAAGAACGACACGGUCAGCAGUCUCGAAAUCCGCAACGCGAGGCGGGAGGACUCAGGCAAUUACACUUGCAGCCCGAGCAGUUUUGAUAGCGCGAGCGUGCAGCUUCACGUGUUGAAUGGUGAACAUCCCGCCGCGAUUCAAAGGGGGAUGAACUCGGCGCCAGGUGGUUGUCCAACGCUGUGGUGGUUGGCGGGCGUCCUCACGCUGUAUUCGAGUCACGGAAGCCGGCUGUUCGUCCUCGCCCUUCUGAUCCUCAUGACGGAAUAA